AUGGAAGAAAUAUCCACGCGUAGGCGAGACCAUGCACAAAGCCCAUCAGAUCGCGGCAGUCUCGUGCUGUGCGAGCAAUUGGUGAUUCUUUUGAGGACAAGAAACGAAAUAAAAUUUCUGUGCAAUCGUGUUUCGCUGUCUCUCCGAGCAUGCAUAAUAGUUGAUCUUGCACUUAGAAAAUCCAUAGAAUUGGUCGAAGGAAAGGUUGUUGGCAAGACCCAGGCAGUGGGCAAUCCGCUUUUGCAGGAGGCGAUGGGCAAAAUAUACAUGGCGCAGCUUUCUCCUGAAGAGCUCAUGUACCGACUGAAUGGAGAAAAGAGGGGAGGAUGUGUUCAUAUGAAGAAUGUCAGGCGAAGGGUGUACAAGAGCCUUGAGGAAAAGCGCAUAUGUAAGUUUGCAAGCAAAAAUAUGAUACUCAACAAGAUAACGAUGUGUGAUUAUAAUGCGAGGGUUGAGUUGAUAAAUUACAUCAAGCUGUAUCUGGUGAGUGGGAAUGAGGACGACUACAAAGCAGAGACAUUGGUUGUGUGUCUGAUCUUCUGCUGUGCACUAGACAGCAUUCUUGUGUGCAUGACAGAAAAGGAGGCUGUUGCGUCUGAAGUCAGUAUCAAGAGGAUCAGGGAAAAGUAUAGCAUGAAGAAGCCACGCAUGGAUGCAAUUAUUCCGGCCAUUCUCAAUGCACUUCUGAAUGCAUAA